UCAUCAGGCAUCCAUUUCAUCUUAUUAUUGCUUGUGAUCCGCACGAGUACGUCGUGCCAGGCACCACUCUCUUCGACUUUCUACCACCGGACGUGCCCGAAAGCACUCAGCACCAUAAGAACCGCCAUCAGGUCGGCCAUCUCGAAAGAACGUAGGAUGGCCGCUUCUCUCAUCCGCCUUCACUUCCACGAUUGCUUCGUUCAGGGAUGUGAUGCAUCAAUCUUGCUGAAAGAUGGAGGAGAAAGGGAGGCGAAACCAAACAACAACUCUGUCCGGGGAUAUGAAGUCAUCGACAGUGCAAAGUCCCAAGUAGAGAAGGUAUGCCCAGGCAUAGUCUCGUGUGCGGACAUACUAGCUGUAGCAGCUCGAGAUGCUUCGGUUGCGGUCGGGGGGCCUUCUUGGACUGUCAAGCUAGGUCGGAGGGACUCCACCAACGGAAACCGUGCUCGGACAACCGACCUUCCGUCCCCCAACUCCAGCCUCGAAAUCCUCAUCUCCCACUUCCAUAGGAAAGGACUCAGUGUCAGGGACAUGGUUGCACUAUCAGGCGCCCACACGCUUGGACAAGCGCAGUGCCUCACAUUCCGUGACCGAAUCUACUCCAACGGGACCAACAUCGACACUGGGUUCGCCAGCGCCCGCAAGAGAUCAUGCCCAGCGAGCGGGGGUGACUCAAACCUAGCACCACUCGACCUGGUGACUCCCAACUCAUUCGAUAACAGCUACUUCAAAAACCUGAUGCAUAAGAAGGGGCUCCUGCCAUCAGAUCAGGUGCUAUUCUGUGGUAGAUCGACACACAGUAUUGUGUCAAAGUGCAUCAAGAACCCAACAAAAUUCAAGUCUGACUUCGCGGCUGCCAUGAUCAGGAUGGGAGAUAUUGAACCUCUUACCGGUUCGCAAGGGCAGAUAAGGAAAAUCUGCAGUGAAGCUAAUUAA